AAAACCCAGCUGCAGUGCCUAGGAAAGUUCUUGUUAUUGCUCUGAACUUUUGUUUUUCAUUUUUAUAUUUGCUUUCUAUAUACAUGUUUCUUUCCCUCCCACUGCCCUACCCAGCCCCUCCUUCUUCUCUUUUCUUCACUGCUGAGUGUAGUCUUGCCAUUCAGGAAGCACAGUUUGUGAGAGAACAAGCCAUCUGAAAGGGACACAGAAUUGUUUAUAACUCCUAGAAAUGGAAGCUCCUGCUGCACCUGUAGAUAGAGAAAAAUCACCCAAUACAAGACCUGAUGCCCCUCCUCCCUACAGUUCUCAUCAACCAGGUUAUAAAGGACACAGACCUUAUGGAUUGCCAAUCCAAACUCAGCCCACAAGCUUCCCCAUGUACAUUUCUCGUAAUGGCUCUCAAGCUCCAAAUAAUUGUCAAGAAAACCAAAUAUCAUGGAUGCCUGCACCAGUGCCAUUAGCUAACUGCCCACCUGGGCUGGAAUAUCUACAGCAGACCAAGACAAUACGAGUUCAUCAACAAAUUGAACUUCUCGAAAUUUUGACUGGUUUUGAAACAAACAACAGAUAUGAAGUUAAAAACGAUUCUGGACAAAUGAUCUAUUUUGUAACUGAAGAUACAGACGACAUUAUCAGGAACCGUUAUAGAUCUUCUCGACCUUUUACCUUGAGGGUUACUGAUUCUAUGGACCAUGAAGUAAUGAACAUUCAUAGACCUUAUAAAUUUAGUUGUUGUUGCUGCUGCUGCUGUUGUUGUGAUUCAAUGACACAGGAGCUCGAGAUUGAGUCACCCCCUGGCUCAGUUAUUGGCUAUGUACGGCAAAAUGGAAGCUUCUGCCAAGGAAAAUUCAGAAUUGAAAAUGAGAGGAAAGACCAUUUGAUGAAUAUCAUUUCCAAUUGUUUCUGCUGUUGCUCAGAUACCAUUUUUAAAGUAAAAUCACUUCAUCAACAGACCGUGGGGACUAUUAUUAGGGAAUGGCCUGGUCCUUUAACCAACAUCACUGCUGACACCUAUGAUAUUCAUUUUGAAUUAGAUGACGUAAAAAUGAAAGCAUUGAUUUUGGGUGCUUGCUUCCUUAUUGACUUCAUGUAUUUUGAAAAUAAAUUGAAGAAAUCUUCCAGGAAUUCAAUUAACUCUUAAAACAUCAUAUUUAAUGAGGUUCUCUUUUCUAAAACAAAUUCAGAAAAUUAAUUAUGUUAAAGUAAUUUUUCAAUUUUCCAUUCCUUUAUAUUACUGGGAAUUCUAUCCGUAACAAUCCAAACUGGAGCUGUACCUACUAAUAGAAGUGCUGCUGUGGGAGUCCAAGAAGUUGGACAUCUCCCAAAAGAGCUAUUUGUAUGAACUUUAAUAUGUAAGUGUAUAUUUCUGUUAUGUUAUGAUAAUAUUUGGAAAGAAUUCACACUGAAGAGGAUAUAUAUGAAAGGACCAAAGUGAAUGCCCAAGAACUAAGCUGUGUCAGGUGGCUACCCCUUUCAGUACCUUUUGGAAUAAGUAAAUGAGUCAUCACAUAUUUAUUCAAUAGCUAUUAUAUGAUUUCUACUCUGCUGGGCCUAAUUUGGAAGGGUAUUUUUUUUUUUUUAUUAUCAUAAGACAGUCUUUUCCUUAGCGUAUGGUCUAUUGGGAGAAAUAAGUUACUCAGCAUAAAAUAAUAGAAGACAAUGGAUAUUGAAAUAUUUAAUAGCAUGCCAAAAUUCAGUACAGACAAUUAGAAGAAAACAUAUAGUGCUGUGAUAAUUGUGCGGAGUGGGACCCAAGUACUAAAUAAAUUAGACAUAAACACAAUGGUGACAUGAAGCAGAAUGAAAUUAAAUGCCAUGAGACAGAAAAAUGAACAAAAUGCUGUGGGAUUUUAGAGGAAUUCUAAUAGUAGCAAUACUACUACUUUAAUAACAACAAAUAGAUGAAUUAUAUUUAGUAGAUUGAGAUUAAAAAUGUAUAUUAUAUAUGUAUAUACAUACAUACACACACACACACAUACACACAUAUACUGGAGAAAUUAACCAGUAAACUUUACAGGGACUUUAUUUUCCCAAUUUAACUAAUCAUAGUAAUUCCAAUGCUGAAUUCUUAUAUUAGCACCAGAAUUCCUAAUUGAAAUUGUUUGUCUCUUUAUACUUGAAUUCCCAGUACUUGAACCAUAGUAGGUGCUUUAAAAAUGCUUAUUUAUUAAUUGAUUGCCCUCUAUUUGAAAGUCAUAAAAUUGAUCCAUAAAAACAAACAAAAUGAAAAUGAAUGUUUAAAACAGAUAGAAAUAGAGUGAUAUAGAGGAAAGCAUGGACUUUGGACGCAAAGGACAUAUGUUCAAAUCUUGCUUUGGUCAAUUACUAUUUGGAUGACAUUAAGCAAAACUAUCAUCAUAAUUGGCCAUAUCAGUUACAAAACCAACAAAAUCAUAAUUUUUUCAACAAGUGCAGAAAAAGCUUUUAACAAAAUACAACAUCCAUACUAUUAAAACACCCAGAGACUAUAGGAAUAAAUGAUAAACAUCUUAAAAUAACUUAAAAUGAUAAAUCAUAUUUAUCUAAAACUACCAGCAAGUGUUACCUGUAAUGGGAAUAACCUAGAAGCCUUUCUAAUAAGAUCAAGGGUGAAAUAAAGAUGCCAAUUAUACCAGAAAUUGAAGGAAGUAACAUAGGCACUGAGGAAACAAAGCUAUCAAUUUCUGUAGAUGAUAUGAUUCUAUACUUAGAGAGAACUUGAGAAUUUAAAAAAAAAAAAAAAGCAGCAAGAGAUAAAAACAGAAAUCGCAUUUAAUAACAGCAAACAGUAUAAAAUACUUAGAUGUUUUUCUGCCAAGACAAAGGCAGGAGCUAUAUGAACACAAUAUAGCACACUUUUUAUACAAAUAAUGUCAGAUUUAAACAAUUGGAAAAAUAGCAAUUGCUAAUGGGUAGGUUGAGCCAAUACAAUAAAAAUGACAAUUCUACCUAAAUUAAUCUAUUCAGUACCAUCCCAAUCAAACUGCCAAAAAAUUGUAAAGCUAGAAAAAAAAUUCAUUUUAAAAAAAGCACAAGGAUAUUAAAGAAUUCAAUGGUAAAAUAUCUAUACCCAUUUCAUACUGUAUUAUAAGAUGGUGAUUAUCAAAAUAAUUGGGAACUAGCUAAGAAAUAGUGUGGUGAAUUAUUGGAAUAGAUUAGGUAAACAUUUUAUUAUAGUUAAUGAUCAUAGUAAUUUAGUAUACAUAAAUCCAAAGAUCCAAGAUUUUGGAAUAAAAAAUAAUUUGAUAAAAAAAAAUUGCUGAGAAAACUAGAAAAUGGUAUGGCAGAAACUUGGUAUAGAUCAGGUUCUGACACCUUAUAUCAAGACAAGGUCAAAAUGGGAAUAUGAUCACCCAAAAAGGGUGAUGAUACAAGCAAAAUAAGAGUGCAUGGAAUAGUUUAUCUGUUAGAUCUUGGCUAUCUCCACUGGAAUUUGGUCUUUCUAUUGUUUCUCUUUGAUUGUUCUUUAGUGGUUAGAUGCUUGACUACAUUGCAAAGUUAAAAAAAAAAAUGAGGCAUUUUAUUUCAUCUAUUUACAGAGUUUAUCAAGAGUAGUCUGUAUAAAAAAUAAUAAAUUCAAAUUGUAAUGAGUCAUAUUGUUGAAAGAUUAAAAAUCAUGCGUACAAAAGUUCUUUAGGGGGUGAACAAGAGAAAAGCUCUUGAAAAAUUACUUCUUAUUUGAUAAGAAUCUAGGAAAAAAAUUGUUCUGCUGCCUUGGUUCAGUGCCUCCUGCUAAUCACUGUUCUAUGUUAGUAAUUAAAGUGUGUGUUCAAGCUUCUUUCUAAAAGAAAAUAAUACCUGGAGGUAAUAGAAGAUAAUUAGAAUAGUGUGAACAAGAGCAAACUAGAAAUACAUGGCAAAUGUGAAUCCAGCUCAGCAGAUGUUUGUCUUAAAUAACCAUAUCAUAGAUGUCUAUACAGUCAAUUUGUAUCCUAUUCUAAAUAUUUUGACAUCAGUUUGACUGGAGUCAACAUGUUUCAUCCAUAGUAUCUUUCAUACACCGAAAACAUUUAAAAUAGGUAUUACUCUAGGUUUUUUUUUUUUUUUUUGAGGGAAGGGGGAAAAAGAGUUUUUCAUUUAAUGGAAAAUUUGUGAAUUCUUGAAAUUAUACUUAAAGCUCCGUUUUAAAUGGAGAAUCUUUUAGGCUGAAAGAUGAUUUUUGAAAAACAAUAUUUAUUUUCUCUUAUUAAAACAAAUAUUUAAUU